UCAAAUUUCAAAUUGUAUCCGUUGAGACUCUCAUAUUGUAUUGUGUCUGACCACUAACUGCCAUUGUUUCUCCUCUCUCUAUCGAGGCAGAUCUCGCAACAAUGGGAAGGUUUCCGGCCAAAAUCGACUACGAAAACAUCCGAAAUGCUCGCAUAUCCGAAAACCAGGCUCGCUUGGCUUCCUUAGGGCUGCAAAAGACGAUAUCUGAGCUGCGAUCGAUGACAACUCCGGUUAAAUCACCGAAGAGGAAAUAUGUUAAGGCUGAUUGCAGUAGUGCUCCUCUUCGUCGAUCCAACCGGUUGAAACAAGUAAACCCUAGCUCACCCGACGGCUUGAUUCCUGUCCGUCGGUCUCUCCGACUUCCUUCGGAUCUGUCCCCCAAGUCCCCAAACGGUGAAGAGAAAGAGAAGAGGCCUGCUAAUGCGCCUUAUGUGGAUGUGAGCCUGUGUUAUUCUCCUGAAGUUUCGUCGGAAACACGAUGUAGGAGCAAAGGAAGAGGGAGUGUUUAUGAUCCUGUUUUUGGGAUUUGCUGUCAUUUUUGCAGGCAAAAGAAGUUGUGUGGUGAAGAAGAUUGUAAACGGUGCAAUGACCUUGAUGUUGAUCAACCAUGCCUAGGUAAGACCGAUUGCUCAGUGUGUCAUUCGACCAACGGUGUACUUUGUCGAGCUUGCCUUAAGGUCAGGUAUGGUGAAGAAAUGGAAGAAGUGAGAGAAAACAAGCAAUGGAAGUGUCCUCACUGCAUAGAAGAAGAAGGAACCAGACCUUAUUGGAUAUGUAACAGCUCUUUGUGCUUGAAGAAGCGAAAGAUGGUGCCAACUGGUAUUGCUAUAUUCAGAGCUCGGGAGUUGGGUUAUGACUCAGUCGCACAUCUUAUGAUGGAUGAACUUCAACGACGAGCUGAAAAAGUAUGAUGUUGAGAUUUAGGAUUAUGUAAUAAUUGGGAUUCCUCACUACUGUAGUUGGGUGGUUAUUGUUAAUUUGUUUGUUAGUUAAUGUUUUCAGACUAUUAACCGUUUGGUAGUUAAUAUGAUUUGGCUAGCAUGUGUUUUUCUUA